UUUCCUCUUCCCCUUGGCGUCACUUGCCUCCCCCCACUGGCAUCCUUCUCUCACUUCUGCUUUGACUCUUCACAGUUUCAGCCCAUGCGCCCUGUCUCGCCCUGAGUCUGCUAAAGCUCUUCCCCAUGUGUCCCAUCCUGAUUGAAUGUGUCCCCCGGAAUUCCCCUCCCCGCUCCCGCCCCCAUUCAGGCCCUAGAUGCACCAGCCCCGAAAUCUCAGUCACUCGGUGGCGAUGGUGGCGGCUCAGGGGCUCCCAGCUCUCCCCGCUCUGGUUCCGUGUCCUGUCCUGCGGUGCCAGCCCACGCCUCCCACAGCACACCCCCCAAUACCUAGUGGUCCCCUAAGUUUACUCCACCACCCCUGGGCUCCCUGUGUUUCCCCACAUCUGCUUGGCACCUCCAUUGUCCAGGCCUCUUGGAAACUCUCAGGGGCUCUCAAACACCCAAUCACCAACCUGGGAAAUCUCCCACACCCCGAAUUAGCCCCCAGCACCCCCAUAACCCUUCUCCGUUCUCCCCCAUCUAGCUGUGCUGGGGGUCCUGGCCAUUUACUUUUACUCUGAAGAGCACCGCCACCCCACCUGGUGACCCAGGACCCCAACAUCAGGGACAGGGUCUUUCACCUGUCCCAGGUCACAUCCCGGGGGUGGGCUCUAUCCGGCUGGUACCCAAGGGUGCGGGGCACUGAGUCCACCCUCGCCCUCCCCUGGAGCAGGUCCCCGCCGCCGCCGCCAUGCACAAACACUACACCGUCCGCUUCGCUAAGGGCGCCCUGCCCCUUCGGACCCCCACUGAGGGCUACUUCUUGGACCCAGAGUUGGGGCAGCAAAAAGGAUGCCGUCACCAGUGGUGCCAUGACCCAGCGGCCCUUCGCGCCCAGGGGCCCUGUCGGCUGCCUCCACAGGUGUGCUGGCAGCUGGCCUACCACAGCCACCGGGGGGGUGUCAGCGGCUGCCGUCAGGGCCCCCAGCCCCCCGGCCUGCAGCAGCAGCGGCAGCCCCAGCCCCCGCCUCCCAGCCCCCUGCGGCAGCGGCUCUGCUCCGGUCCAGGGGCCCGGAAGGGGCCACCUGCAACCGCUGCGGCCUCCAGGCAGCUGGCCAACGCCCCCCAGCUGCCCCCCGAGCCCACCAUCUCGUCCCCCGCGGCACCUGCCAUGGCCAGCAGCGGCCCGGCCCCACGCUCUGCAGCUGGCACCCUCCCGGAGCCCAGCAGGCCCCCCGCCGCCCGCCCCCUGCCUGCCCCAGCGGCCUGUGGCCCCUUCACCUACAGCUCUGAUAUCCUGACAGAGGACGAUGUCUACUGCAGCUGUCUGGCCAAGACCCUCUGCCACGUGCCUGUCCCUGUGACAGUGGGUUUCUACGCCCCCUUUGGCUGCCGCCUGCACAUGAUGCUGGACAAGAUCACUGCGCUGAUGCAGCAGGAGGCCGCCCAGCGCGAGGCCGAGGAGCUGCGGCGGGUGCAGUGGCAGCCGCGGCCCGUGCGCGGCUGGGGCUUUCCGCGGCUGCUCUGGUACCUGGUGUUCCUGCAGCCCGUCAUCACCGAGCUGCACCUGCGCCGCAAGAACGUCAAGUUCCUCUUCAUCCGCUUCAGCGCCUGGCAGUACGCGGGCACGGACAAGCUGUGGGCCGGCCUGGUGACCACGCUGUGCGAGGGCAUCCGCCACCACUAUGGCGCGCUGCCCUUCAGCGUGUACUCGGUGCUGGGCAACAAGCCGGCCGCCACGCCGGGCUUCUGCCAGCGCGAGUGGCACUGCCGGCGCCGCGUGUGCCUGGCGCUGCUGGCGCUGCUGGCGGCGCUCGGCCUCGGCGUGGGCCUGCUCUACCUGUCGGUGGGCGCCCGCGGCCCGGGCCACGGCGCCGCCGGCGGCAGCCUGCUGCGGGUGUUUGGCGGCGCGGCCACCACGCUGUCGGGCUCGGGGCUGCUCAUGGCCGUGUACUCGGUGGGCAAGCACCUGUUCGUGAGCCAGCGCAAGAAGAUCGAGCGGCUGGUGUCGCGCGAGAAGUUCGGCAGCCAGCUGGGCUUCAUGUGCGAGGUAAAGAAGGAGGUGGAGCUGCUCACGGACUUCCUGUGCUUCCUGGAGAUCUACCAGCGGCGUCGGCUACGCGUCGUUCUCGAGGUCACCGGGCUGGACACGUGCUACCCGGAGCGCGUGGUGGGCGUGCUCAACGCCAUCAACACGCUGCUGUCCGACAGCCACGCGCCCUUCAUCUUCAUCCUGGUGGUGGACCCCAGCAUCCUGGCCGCGUGCCUCGAGAGCGCCGGCUCCAUGAAGGGCACGGCGGACAACGGCUACCUUUUUCUCAACCGCACCGUCACGCUGCCCUUCUCCGUGCCCAUCAUGGGCCGCCGCACCAAGCUGCAGUUCCUGCACGACGCUGUGCAGAGCCGCGACGACCUGCUCUACCGCGAGAUGACGCGCAAGCUGCGGCCGGGCGGCGCGGGGGUCGGCGGGGGUGGCAGGGGCGGUCGCGGCGAGGGCGCGCAGCUCCUGGCGGUGGAGACGCAGGCGGCCGCCGAGCGCGCGCAGAGCCGUAUAGACGCCGAGGCUGCGCGCCGCAUCCAGGAGGCGCUCUUCUGCCUGCACGACGAGCGCGACUGCCUCUAUGAGUACGUGCCCGACAACGUGGUGUCCAUGCGGCGCAUCGUCAACACCGUACCCAUCACCGUGCGCCUGCUGCAACAGCAGGACGGGGACUUCGCGGGCCCCACGCCGCGCCAGGCCGUGGCUUGGGUCGUGCUGGCCAACCAGUGGCCUUGUCGCCUCAGCUGGGUGUUGCAGUGCCUGGAGGACCGGCAGCAGGCUGGGGGCGCACCCGAGGCUGGAGCGCGCCUCUGGAACGUGUUCUACGACAACAGCCGCGAGUUGCACUCCAUGACCAAGGCGUUGCAGAACGUGCUGGACUUGGACGGUGACCCCGAGCUUUUUGAACGCUUCCUGGGCGCCGACUUCCCUUUCACCGUGGCCGAGGCACAGACCCUGCUGCGCUGCACUGUGAACCUGGACCACUCCAUCCGCCGCCGCAUGGGCCUCAUUCGGGCUGUCAGUGCGCUGAAGCCACCCAGCCCACCCAAGUCCCCAGCUCACGACGCCCCCCACGAUGCCGGCGGAGCCAACCAUGCCCCUGGAGCCAACCAUGUCCCUGGGGCCUUCCGGUCAGGUCAGGGCUCUGGGCAUGUCCCGGCACACGCUGGCGAAGCCCACCAGCCCCGGGACCAGGGGCAUGGAGGCAAGCCAAGACCCAUGGCCUGAGAACCCUUACAGCCCAGGUGGGCCUUGAAAAAGUACCCCAGGAGCAGCGGGAGGGAACUGCUCCUCCGUCUGCCUGGACGAGGGGGUAAGGGGGUCCUCAGGGAGGCCGGUGGUGGCUACCCCCCCCCCAGGUGAACCUGUGAGCCACAGAGAGCUGUUUGCGGUUGCAGCGAACAGAGCCAGCAUCAGAGGGCUAGCGCCAGAGGACCAGUGAAGAACCCCGGGUUCAAGUGCAAUAAAUGGAGAUGUGAAAGCCCC